AUGUUUCCACUCACUCUACUUUACGCCUUCAUGGCAGCCAUUCCUUUCCUCAUUUCAGCCGUUCCUUUAGACUCUAACAACCACGUUGCGCCUAUCACUCCUUAUUCAAUUCCUUCUCUUGACCACCUUCUUACUGGACGAGCCCUUCCGACUGGCACAUGCAAUGCAGACACUCCAUGUGAGAAUGCCGCGUGCUGUGGUUCCAAUGGGCUUUGCGGCUACUCUCCAACAGAGUGUGGCAAGGGCAAUUGCACAUCAAAUUGUGAUGCCAAAGCUCAAUGUGGACAGUACGGCAAAGAAGGCUCUCAGGAAUGCCCCUUGAGUGUCUGCUGUUCUGAGUUCGGAUUCUGUGGUUCUACAAGUGAUUUCUGUGGUAAAGGCUGCCAAAAAGAUUUCGGCGGCUGUGGAAAUGUCACAAGACCAUCUUGUUCAGGCAAUUCUGUCUCCAAACGCACAAUUGGUUACUAUGAGGGAUGGUCCAACACUCGCAGUUGCCAAGCAGUUUCACCGGAGGACCUCAACCUCAACGGAUUCUCUCACAUCAACUUUGCAUUUGCAUUCUUUGACCCACGGACUUUCCAGAUUGCUCCCAUGGACACCGAGACUGGCAAGCUUUACAGCCGAUUCACAGCACUGAAGAAGAACAACGCCGGGUUAGAGGCCUGGAUCUCUGUUGGUGGCUGGUCAUUCACCGACCCCGGAGCUACCAGGACAGCCUUCAGCGACAUGACGAGCACAUCUGGUAACAGGCAGAGGUUCAUCUCUGGCCUGAUUGACUUCAUGGAGCACUAUGGUUUCGACGGUGUUGAUCUUGACUGGGAGUACCCUCAAGCCGACGAUAGAGGCGGCGUCACAGCAGACAAGAAGAACUACGCUCUUCUUACGAAAGAGCUCAGGGCUGCUUUUGGCUCACGCUACGGGAUUUCAAUGACGCUGCCGACGUCAUACUGGUAUCUUCAGCACUUUGAUCUUGCAUCUAUUGCAGCAGAUGUCGAUUGGUUCAACUUCAUGGCUUAUGACUUGCACGGAACUUGGGACGCUGCGUCUAAGUUCGUUGGGCCUUACCUUGCGCCUCAUACUAAUGUUACUGAGAUUGACAUGGGUCUCGACCUCCUAUGGAGAGCUGGCGUAAAGCCUGCCAAGGUCAUUCUGGGCCUCGGAUGGUACGGACGCAGCUUCACGCUUUCUGACCCAUCUUGCAACAAGCCCAAUGGCGUGUGCCAAUUCUCUGGUGGUGCCUUGGCAGGACAGUGUUCCAACGCAUCGGGCAUCUUGACCCUGCAAGAGAUCAACGGAGUCAUUGACUACAACGGCGUAAAACCCGUGUGGGACAAGGACGCCAUGGUGAAAUGGAUUACCUGGGAUGACAAUCAGUGGGUCUCGUACGACGACGACGACACUUUUGAACAGAAGCGCAAGUUUGCCAACUCCCGCUGCUUGGGAGGCACAAUGGUCUGGGCCAUGGAUCAAAGAGACCAGGGAGAAGACAAUGGAUUGGCUCCCGCUUCUGGUGUCACCACUGGUCAGCAAGAAGACGCCCAGGAAAUGGCUCAAGGACUUGCCGCCGGAGUUUCAUGUUACACGACAGAUUGCGGAGCGAGCUGCAAGAAGGGCACUAACCCGGUCACCCAGAUGAAUGGGCAGCCCGGCAUGCUCUCAACCAGUGAUCGCUGCGACAAGAACAAGUAUCGCACGCUCUGCUGCGAUGAUGGCACUACCAUGGGCACUUGCAAGUGGCGCGGCUACCGCGGUCUAGGUCUGUCAUGCAUGGGUGGCUGUGAUGAUGAAGAGACCGAGGUCCUCCAGGAUACGAACAACCACAGCAAGAAUGGCGACCAGACGUGCACUGGUGGUAUUCAGAGUUACUGCUGCAAGGGCUUCGAAUCAGCUCCGACGAAAGAAGAGCUAGAGGAGGAAGCCAAAGAAAAGGCCGAGGAGUUGGCCGAAGAGGCGGCUGAGCAAGCAGCUCUCGACAUUGCGGCCAAGGCUUUCUGUCGACUCGCUAUUCCUGCUCUCUUAGCACCCUUGGAGUUGAUUGAGGCUGCGAUCCCGAUUAUUGGCGAAAUUCUGGAUAUCGCCGAGAUCGCCGCGACACCAGCCCUGAUUCAACUUUGUACCGACGGCAUUGAGAAAGAAGGCAAAGCGGUAUUCAAGGUUUUCGGCAAGGAACACUCCGUUUCGUUCAACAAGCCAUCCAAGACAGUGUCACGGCCGCCUAAGUCUACUCAUGUAUGUUUCUUUCACCAUCUUUCGUCAAGUUUCCACAUGCAGCCAAAUGCUAAUAUUCCGCAGUCACCGGCAAAGACCUCUUCGUGUCCUUCAAACGCUAAGCGUGCGGAUGAUGGGAGACCCUGCAAGAGACAAAAGCGCUAUAUGACAUCCCAUCGAACCAGUGAAAUCGUAGUCUCAACCAGCAAGCUUGCAGGCAACGGCUACAAGAUUCCUUGCAAUGGCAAUGGGGGCGUCUAUCCGGAGGCUUGCAAGAAUUACAAGUCCAUUGUGGACAACUACCCUCAGUACAAGACCAUUACCUGCCCUUACCGCAAGAUCGACGACAAGAAACGCCCCAUCACGGGAGUCUUCAACCAACAGCGAUCGACAGCCCUCUGGGAUCCCGUCAUCGCUGCGCCUAACGGAUGCUCCCCAGACGAAUACCCGCCAGCUGUCAUGGCACCUGUGAACGAUGGGUACAGCUUGCUCACCUCCAUGAUCAAGGAUAGUGAUACAGAGGUACGGAGAUUGCUCAGUGCAAAGCCACCCUCGGUAGAUGGACAGAUGGUUCGCUAUCUCGACCUGGUCGACAACCGAGAAGCCGGAAAGAUCUUCGACAAGUGCCGUCAGCCGCCUGUGGCCAGUGAUAUGCAUUCGACCACCACCGUCAUCAACCCAGAUGCCCGAGUGCCCAUCGAGUGGCAUUUGACAAAGGUGGCACUUUCACGUCUCGUUUGGGAGCUCGACUUUGAUGGUCUCCCUGAUGACUCUGACGAUUAUGGUGUCGCGGACAAUAUCUGUGUGCCGACGAUCAACGGAGUGAAGCACCCCGGCUACGCUCUCCUCAACGAGGAUGAAUAUUUUGAUACGCACGCCGCAGAGGCAGCUCUGAGAGCUACCUGGCCGAAUGGUCCGGCACAGAAGCGUUGGGUUGAGCCAGCAGGCUUAGUGGUGGAGGGCGUUAACUCUACCAGGGUGGCGACUCCAGAGGAGCUGCGCGAUCACCUUGGCUUCGAUGAGUGCACAGAUAGUAGUUGCUCACGAGAGAUUGAGAAGCUGAAGGAUGUCGCUAGAACGUUCAGGGACAAGGCCGAGAGGGCGGCCAACUCGCCCGCGGAAGCGCCGGCACCUGAGGCAACGCCUGUCCAUGAACACAGCGUCGUCCAAGCCGUUCCUCCGAGCCAACCUGGACGGUCGUUUGACUCUGAUAUUCCUAUGUAUACUGGUAUCUGA